AUGGAUAGACCAGACGCACAAAUCAACUACGAUGAUGCCGUUGAGUAUUGGACCUCGAUUCCAGCAACGGUGGACGGCGUCCUCGGUGGCUACGGUGAUGGUACCACUGUUCCUGUAAUGGAUGUUUUGGGCUCGAACCAUUUCUUGAGAAAACUGAAAUCUCGAAUGGUGGUGGCGGACAACUGUCAGAAAGUUGGUUGCGACAUUGGUGCUGGGAUCGGACGUGUCACCCGGGACAUGCUGCACAAGCAUUGUGACGUGGUAGAUCUAGUGGAACCGGUCAAACCCUUUGUAGAACAAAUGCGAGUGGAAUUGGCUCCAUUGGCAAAAGAAGGCCGUCUGGGCCAGAUCUUUGACAUCGGCAUGCAGGAAUGGACUCCUGACGAGGGUCGGUACUGGUUGAUAUGGUGCCAGUGGUGCGUGGGCCAUUUGCCAGACGACGAGCUGGUACGGUUCUUUGAACGCUGCAAGAAGGGUCUACAGCCUAACGGCACGAUCGUGGUGAAGGAAAACAACACACAGGUGGCAGAAGAUGACUUUGACUCCACGGACUCGUCCGUAACACGCUCGGAUGAGAGCUUCAAGAAGCUCUUCGAAAGAGCAGGUUUGAAGCUCAUAGCAGCCGAUAGACAGAAGGGCCUGCCCAAGGAGCUGUAUCCAGUAAGAAUGUACGCCUUAAAGCCUGCGGAAAGCUGA